CGUUUACGUGCAGCUAAAACUAAACUAAACUAAACUAACAUGGUACAUAAAAUAGUUUACAUUGUCAGAAACUAUGUCAGGCAUACUUGUGAGUGUGUAAAUGUGUUUAAGUGAGUUAUGGCCAUCGCUGGACAAGGUAGCAAAGGGUCGAUCUUCAUUAUGGGGGAUGAGAAGGCCGAUAGCCUGACGACGGUGCUACAACGGAGAUUCCCUGAAAUUCCCGUGGAUGUCGUUUCCGGUAUCUUGCAGAGGAAUGAUGGCAACAUGAGUCGGAGUAUUGAAGAUCUUGAACAGGCCAGUGCUAUGUACAUGUAUGGUGACUUUGUAAGUAGCGAUCAACAGCCACACAUGGUGCACACAACCACCAUAUCGGGAACUAACAACAAUGUAAUAGAGGUGUCUAUGACCCAUUCACCUGCCCAUGAUGAGCGAACAAGAGCAGACUCACAGAAUAUGAGUGGUCAACUUGUAGUUGAUGUCGACCUAGAUGAGACACCCAAGUCUAGUUUCACUAGCUGGGCUUCAUUAGACACUGGAUUCCCAGACGGGGAAACACCGACAUCGUCUGCGCAAAACUCUUUGAGUUUUUACAAGGAGCCAAAACAUUUAUCAUUGGUCACAGUCGAUAUAAACGAACCGACACAAAGGACUGAGAGCCCAUCUGAGGUUUCCAGACCAUCUGAAGGCGAUGUCAGUCCUAUGCAAUACAGUAGCCCUCACAAACGGACCACCAAUGGUUUUCAACCAAUUGUAAAUCCACAUGACUACCCAUUUGAGCCACGCCCAAAUGCUGCAGAUGGUUCCACAGGGUGGCAUUUGCCAACCAGUGGCCAACGGACUCUGACUCAUAUUCAACCAGUGGAGUUACACGCAACAACUCAGAUUGCCACCUCCUACCAGCUUGACCCACUUAAACCCUCCAGCCCCGCAACUCGCCCCGCGAAGGGCAGCCGCAGUCCUGCCCCUGUGGCAACAUACAACAAGGCCAACGACAGUACCACAAUUUCAGUCAGCAGAGAUUCUCCCAGGACAUCGAAGAAGUCAUCCGUCGUUUCAACUUCCUUGGAGGUAGACGCUUCACCUCUGCUCCAAGAUCCUCCCGAGGGACCAAGUCACCCGAUAGUCGAUCCAAAUCUUCAAGAUGCAAGGAGGAAAUCAAGGGUGAAAAAGAACAGAAAUCAUUUGCCUCCUGAACCCGGGAGAUCGCUUUCUAAGGAAGAGGUUGAGAAAUCGUACACAGAAUCUUUAUUGAUGCACCAGAAAGCGCGCUUUGAACGGCUCUGCAAGGAGUUGGAGGAAGAGAGACGCAAUCUCAACGAUAUGAAAAUCCAGACGGCUCAAAUGGAGAGGGAGGUGGGAGACAAACUCAACCACAGAUCACCGUAUCCUAAGCCUGAGGAAAUUGGCCGAUUACGGGAGCAGAAGAGACAGCUUCAGAUUGACAUUGAGUGUAUGAAUCGAGAAAUAGAUCUCCAUAAAAGCCAAGGUUUGAUGGAUCUGGCCCAAGCCAAUAGUUUCUAUGGCAAUAUGGGAUCCACUGGAGCACCAGGUCCAAUUCCACCGAUGUCGCCAACCAACUCAUUCCCUGAGAGUACCUCGCCUCUCUCCCCACCCUACACCCCGACGGUCUUGGACACCGAAGAGGCACAAAAGUGGAGCUGCUCCGCUUGUACAUUGCUGAACCACCCGGCACUCGACAAAUGCGAGUGCUGCGAAAUGCCUAGGGAUAAGUAAAGCAGAUAUUGGGCCCAAUUUCAUAGAGUUGUUAACGCAGAAAAUAUUGUUCAACAAUUUCUGCUAAGCAGAAACGAGCAGGA